AACAACGAGUACGUGAACAGUUCUACGGGAAAGAAGUUCAAGACUAUCAACCCGACCACCGAGGAAGUGAUUUGUGAAGUACACGAACCUAGUGAUGCAGAUAUCAAUAAGGCAGUUGCAGCGGCCAAAGCUGCUUUCCGGCGCGGUUCUGCUUGGCGUACAAUGGACGCAUCUGCACGAGGUCGUCUGCUCUAUAAACUGGCAGAUUUGAUUGAGAAGAACGCGGAUUAUAUUGCGCGUUUAGAUGCUCUAGAUAACGGGAAAGCUGUUCAUUCCGCAAUGGGUGAUGUGCAGUUUGCGAUUAACAUAACUCGUUACUACGCUGGUUAUGCGGAUAAAAUCAGUGGAAAACUGCUUCCAGCCGACGGACCGGUGGUCAGUUUUACCCGUCCGGAGCCAGCCGGAGUUACAGUAGGAAUCAUUCCGUGGAACUAUCCAUUCUUGUUAGCAAUCAUAAAACUGGCGCCAUGUCUGUGUGCUGGUUGCACUUUAAUCCUGAAACCAGCCGAACAAGCUCCGUUGUCUACCAUCUAUUUGGGCUUCCCACCAGGUGUAGUGAAUAUUCUACCCGGAUACGGUGAAACUACUGGUGCCCCCUUGUGUGUGCAUCCGGAUGUUCGUGUCAUCUCGUUCACUGGAAGUACGGAAGUCGGCCAGCUCAUCAUGAAAGCUGCAGCGUCCAAUGUAAAACACGUGAAGUUGGAAUUGGGCGGGAAAUCUCCUCUUAUCAUCUUUGCUGAUGCGGACUGUAAGUCGUCCAUUGAGGCUGCUGCACAAACGGCACAUGAGGCAACUAUGACCAACCACGGACAGUGUUGUGUUGCGGGUAGUCGAACGUUUGUCGAGGGUCCGAUCUACGACAAGAUGGUCCAGCGCUUGAAGGAAUUGGCCGAGUCUCGCAAAGUCGGAGAUCCAUUUGCCGAGGACACCGUGCAAGGUCCUCAGGUGGAUGACGUCCAGUUCAAACGAGUGAUGUCAUACAUUGAGUCAGGCAAAAAAGAAGGCGCGCGUCUGGUUACCGGGGGUGCCCGUGUCGGCCACAAGGGUUACUUUAUCCAACCAACAGUGUUUGCUGAUGUGACCGAUGAGAUGACCAUUGCCAAGGAAGAGAUCUUCGGUCCAGUUCAAUCGAUCUUACGGUUUGAUACAUUUGAAGAGGUAGUUGAGCGUGCGAAUGCCACCCACUACGGGCUUGGUGCUGGUGUGUUCACCUCGGAUAUGGACAAAGCGAUGCGUCUGUCGCAAGUGAUUGAGGCGGGUACUUUCUGGUGCGUUAGACUACCUUUCGGUGGUUACAAGAUGUCCGGCAUAGGAAAAGAUUUGUGA